AUGGCCAUACGAGAGGAUAUCGUCGCAUCAGCGGACCCGAGUGUUGCAAGCUCAUCCAUCGAGAGUCGCAUGUCUUUCCUACGGACUAAGAACUUGACCCAAGAAGAAAUCGAUGCCGCUCUGUCGAGAGUCGGCGUCCAGGCUGCACCGGGUCCGAUGCCGGUCGCUCAGCAGCAGCAACAGCAACAACCACAACAAUACUACCAACCAGCAUACCCUCCUCAGUACCAGGCGUGGCAACCUCCACCACCGCCCCCUAAGAGGGACUGGAGGGACUGGUUUAUCAUGGCAACAGUCGUCGGCGGUUUCAGCUACGGCGCAUACACUCUGGCUAAGCGAUACGUGGUUCCUCUGAUUGCGCCGCCGACACCUGAAAAGCUCGAACAGGAUAAGAAGUCGAUUGAGGAACAGUUUGACAAGGCCUUUGGACUCGUGGAGCAGCUGGCCAAGGACACAGAGGAACUCAAGGCUACGGAGCAAAAACGGACCGAAAAGCUGGACACGGCCCUGGAGGACAUUGAAAAGAUCAUGACUGAGCUGAGAAACGCCAACCAGCGACGGGAACUCGAGACACAGCGCGUCAAGGACGACGUGCAGAUCCUCAAGGAUUCCAUCCCCAAGGCCAUGAACACCCAGAAGGAUCUUACCGACUCGAGACUGAAGGAGGUCAACACCGAACUCACUAGCCUCAAGACCCUGAUCACACAACGCAUGACCGCCGCGUCAUCAUCGACACCCACCAACGGUCUGCGAACUGGUGCGACCGCUACGCCCGCUCCUGCUGCAAACAGCACCGAGGCCGCUGCCAGCACCGAGGCUACCAAGCCCGCUAGUACGCCGACCUUCAACCGUCCUUCGCCGUUCAGCGGUGCUACAGGCGCAAAGGCCUCCAUCCCGGCGUGGCAGAUGGCCAUGGCGAACAAGGACUCUGCCGCCACACCGGCAGCAACAAACGGAACCACGUCCGACAGCAACUCACAGCAGCAGGCAUCCGCGUCCUCAUAG